AUGGCAACUGAGAGAGAUGUAUCACACUAUAACAAUAUCAAGACAGCUGGGAAAGCAUCUUUCAAGCCUGAAACAAUCAACUCAGUCAUGCAAGUUUCGUUAAAUGGAAAAGCAACUUCUGUUUUUGAUCCGAGACCUGCAGUUUAUGAAUUCCUAAAAAGAAAAGAUAGACGGAACCGAGCACCAAACGAGGUCAGAAUUGGGAUUUUAUCAAAAAUGGAUGCCUUUAAAGGAAUGCAUGGGUCAGACCAACUAUUAUAGGUCAAUUAGACAAGAUAUAUUGUGUUACUAUGCUAUAUAACUAUGUUAUUAACUGUUGUUUUGGAAAGUAACCGAUCGUUUGCUUAUAAAUAAAUGUAGAAACGAAUGGUUUUAACUCAAGCUAAUUGCAUGACUGUCUUGCGCAAGGGACCUAAACACACUUUACCCCAGCAGUCAAAAUUUCUUAAAAAAUGCCUUGGGGACUUUACGCAUGUAAGAGGGAGACGUCAUGACGGGAAAACAAAGUAUUUCAAAUAAGGUAGGUAGGUAGGUAUAAGUACAGCUGCGAAGAGUUGAUUUGAUAUUCUAGCGGUAUCUACUAUCCCAGUACCAAACGCUAUCAGUAAGCAGGCUCUUAAUGCAUUAGUCAGAAAUUCAAUAUGUAGUAGAAUCGUUUCUUUAAACGGGGGAAGUUCUAAAACACUACAUAUGGUAAUAAAAACCAACUGUAGAUGAUUAUUAAUACCUUUUACUUUUGAAAAACUGAACAAUUACAAGUACUGAAUGCUUUGACAUUGCGAUAAUUAAUUAGAGAGUAUAUAGGUGACAUAAUAAAAGCAAUCUGUAAACAUUACAACAUUCAUUAGUCAAAUAAGGAAAAACGAAAUUACAAAUACCAAUAUAAAUUAUGGAAAUUAAUUUCACAUACAUAUACAGGGUGUCCCAAAAAAACGCAAAACCAUUGAAAUAACGUAUUGUUAAAAUUUGAAUGCCCUAGUACUAAGCUGAACGCAAAGAUGCGUAAAAUAUUGAGAAGGGUGCAUAAUUAUAUUAAAUAUUGACUUAUUAAGAAUUAAAAUAUCUUUGUAAAGCGUACGAUUUUCUGCUCUUGCAUGGGAAUUAAAAAAUUUACUUACGUCGAGCUUUGAUGCACGUGUGCAGGUUUCAGCAGAGUGUCGAGGCAUUGGUGUUCCAGACAAAAGGUCUAAUUAAAAUUCUUUUGAAUUGGAACACCAAUCAACAUGGCGUCUGUGACGUCAUGUAGAAACGCUCUAUACUAUACAAACCAGAACUUAAAAUUGCAAGCAACUCUGUGUUUUCUAAGGUCUGUUGAUAUUUUCUUUCUCUAGAUUUCUAAUGAUGUUUUAUUUCAUUUAAAAACAGAACGAAUAGCUAUAUCUAUUUUACAAUUGCCAAAUUUUGAAUCGACGUGUAACCAGUUUGAUGUGUUUCGAUACUUCUACAUAUGUUCUUUAGAUACGGACACCUUUGGUGGCUUUCUGCGGAGAAUCACUUCUGCGCGCAUAAUAUAAGUCCGAUUAUUACAAAUUUUCAUCAAAUAUGUUCAUAAUAGUGCACGCAGAAUAUCAUUAUAUCAGUAAGGUGUCAAGUUGACAAACAUUAAAAAAACUCAUUAAUAAUUCAUGAGGAAAAUACAAAAGAAAUGAAUGUUUAAUCAAUGUUUGUAAAUCGGAUAAAGAUUUUUCCUGAUUUACAUAAACUUCAACUUUGAUUUUCUCGGCUUAGACAAUGUUUAGUUUAAAAAUUACUUCGCCAAUGAACUCGUAAGACGGGUGGUUUUUUAAGCAAGUUGGCAUCCGAUCUUUAUCUGAUAUACAAACUUUCGCCUUCGGCUCGAGUUUGUAUAUCAGAUAAAGAUCGGCUGCUCAUGUUUUAACUAGUACAUAAAAUAAUAUAUGAAUUAUUCUCCUGGAUAAUAAGAUCGCGGUACCUUCACGCCUCUGAGUUAUGCUCUUGCCGGUUUUAGGAUAUAUUUUUCAAAAUAUCAUUCGUGUGUGGAUUUUUAAUUUAUUUCACCAUUCGUCAUAUAUAUAUAUAUAUAGAUUUCUUUGAGAACUAUAUUAUAUUUCAGGGUUUUUUAAUGAAUUGCUCGUAAUUCACCAAAUAUCCAAAAUUAAAACAAAGCCCGACAUUGUUUUAAGCUGAGAUUCUUAGCUCUCUGCUGUGAAAAUUUCAGAAAAUCCAUUUAAACCGACUGGAGCAUAACUUGUUAGAACUACCAAAGAGCUUCAAUCAGAACCGGAAAAAAAUUGAUGUACUUCAACGGGAAUCCCGAAACAUCGAGUUGGAUUCGAGUUCGAGUUAUUUAUACACCGGCAUUUCCGAAUGUUCCGGUAAUUUCCGAACAACUCUGAUUCUUGAUUUCUUGUUUACUUCUUCGAAACUCGUGUUUAUUAUAGCAGAGUGUUUAUAGUAUACAUAUAAAUAUGGAGAAUAAAGUAAACUUACUGUAUUAUAAAUCGUUUUUAUAAUAUCUUUUGUUAUACGUCUUAAUAUACAGUAAUUACUAUAUGUGUAUUUUGGAAAAGAAUAUAUUAAACUUGUACAUUUUGCGUAUUGUUUCGUUCAAAAUAUUCGAACCAUUAUUUAUAGUCUUGAUUACUCUUGAAAGGUCAAGAACAAGGAGAGUAUAUAAAAUAUAUAUUAUAGUGGAUAUUACACGGCGGUACGAAGAUAUGAAUUUUAUCUUCGACUGCUGAAAACAAUAUUUCACGAACGAACGCCAUGAGUGAGUAAAAUAUUGUUUUCACCACAGAAACGGGAAGAUAAAUUUCAUAUCUUCAAGCCACCAUGUAAUGUUCUUUUUAUGUAUAUACAGGUCGUUACGUUAGUAAACAUAACAAACAUGUAUUUUUCGGUAUCUCACUUUUUACUAUGCAAUAAAAAACGGUACGAACUACGAACGUGCACUUAAGGUGCUAAUAGCAAAUUUGCCAAAAGAUAUGUCCUGUGACCUUAUAAAAACUCAUAUUUAUAAGUUGAAUAAUGAAUGAGUCCGAACUGAAACAGUAAAACAUAUAAGAGUGGAAAUUAAACACGUUUAUAGGGUAGCACUUGAUAAACUUAUAUUUACAAAGUUUAUUUUCAAUCUUCUCUGAUUGCAGCAGCGAUGAUGAAGUGAUUGUGAUUUCCUCAUCACCAGAUAAAGAAGAUAUUAAGUAUGUUUAUAGCGGAAGUGGUCCCUCGUAUCCAGGGGCAAGGAUCAAAUAUUCGAGUUACAUAAUAGCAUUUCCCAGAUACGCAUGGGAAGCCCAUUUACACUAAGCGCAACUUUAUCUGUGCUGUGCCGAAAGUUGCGCUUAGUGUAAAUUGGCCAUAAUACUUGCACUUACAUAAGUGUUAUAACAUCUCAAGGCUUGUUUCAGGCAGUUUUUUUCUGUUUUUUUUAUUUGGGUUGGGUGCUUUACUUGAGGGGGGCUUAAGAAUGUUUUGCAAUGAUUGGAUUAUUAUGUUUGAAAAUGUCAGGUAGUGUUGGGGGCCAUUCACAAAGGAUGUCCGAGCCGGGGGGAGGGGGGUUUGAAAAUCAGGACAAACUCGGACAGAGGGGGGGGGGGUAGCAAUCCGGAUGUCCAAAAUUAAAAAAAGAUUUAAAAAAAAUUCUUAUUCCUCUAUUUUGAACACUCCCUCCCAUUGUGCAAUUGGCAUUUUGACAAUGCGGUUGAUUCUAGAUUUUGUUUUAAUUAGUAAUUUAAAUGUUUUUGUAUUCACAUUUAUAGUUAUAAAAAAGUUCUAAAAGUAAAAAAAGUCUUUUACUCUUGACAUAUACAGGGUUGCGUAAGUUUUUGCGAGGCAUGGCGGAUGUCCGAGGGGAGGGGGUCACUAAUUCGGACAAUGCCGGACAAGGAGGGGGAAGGGGGGUCUGAAAACCAUUAUUUGGCCGGACAUCUUUUGUGAAUGAUCCCUUGGAAAAUUUUCACAAAUGUUGAAAAGUCUCCAUAGUAGAGUUUUCCCCAUUGGCAUGUGGCCCUGGGGACAAGGAAAUCAAUUGUUGUAAAAGCUAUGUAUGCUGAAAAUACUAGAUAGUAUAUAGACAGGGACUUAUCCAGGGUUUGUAUAGUUUACACAUCCACUGGACGAGUUUCACAAAAGUACAAGAUGCCCAAAGGUACAAGAUGCCCACACCCCUGGAAAAUUUUAAAAUCCAAGUUCCCCGAAAUUAAAUCCUUGAAAUGCACUUCAAUUUUUUACAACAAGCUCAAGACAUGAUUUUGUAAUGUUAAUAUAGAACUUCCUGCAAUCUUGCACUUGCUGUUGUAAUCGUCAACAUUUAGUCCAAAUACGACAUAAUUUCCAUGUGGAGUCAAAAUGUGUGCAUCUAUUAUUAAAUAUUUUAGCAAACUUAAAAUUUGUAUGAGAUAUUAUAGAAAUGAAAAAAGACAAAAUACUGGAAUUUUGAUAGUUUGUUUAUAUUUUUGCCUGUCCACUUUCAAAAACACCCGUCCAAAAGAUGGCUGGAUGGGCCUCUGGCUAAGCCCUUGAGUAUAGAUCUUCUAUGAAAAUGUUUUUAUUUAGACCUGUUGUAAUUGAAAUAAAAGAUUCGCGGUAAAGAAAAGGUAUUACCAAUUCUUGCAAUUCCAUUUGAGCUUCUAUACAGUCGUUAGUAACUUCGCAGGGAAUGUAUCUUUGCCUUACUUUUAUAUUUCAUAUCGUACUCUUUAUAUUUUAAUGUGUAACUUAUUGUAAUGUGUAACUGGUUGGAAUAUUAUGAAGUUUCAAAUUGAUUCCUCUGUCAAUGUUAAAAUGCACAUCACUACAUGAUGUUGGUUUUGUCAUAUAAAUGAAGGGUUUAUGGUUAUUAAUUUUGUGCAUGCUGCUGAUAUUGUGAGUAUAUAUUUAUAUUAUCUAUAUCAGGAUUAUCUUCAGUGUACCUAACACCAAGUCUGAUAACGUUGAUGAUGAAACAGAAAGUCAAAUGUACUCCAUCUUACCUGAGUGAGUGAAAAAGGAUUUCAUUUUGGGUGUUUUUCGAACAUAACUAUUUUUGUUGAUUAUUCAUUGUUUUAUCAUUAAUUUUCCCCUUUCAGUUUUGAGGAUGAUGAAUUUGUGAGACAACAGUCAAACAGUUCAUCAGUGGGGUAUAAUAAAAUAAGAAAACGUUUUCCAUUUCAUUGUAAUUUUUGCUUUACUAACAGAUGUUCACUUGGAAUAACAUUGUUUGAGAAUGCUCUCAUUUCAAGCAUACGGUAUUGACAUACAAGUUAGUAAAGUUACUACUUUUGUCAUGUACAUAGCGACUCAUGCAACUGGCUACAUGAACCUUGUCGCACAAGUAUUUGACAACUUAUUCCAGAUACAUGUAAUCAUAAGAAAUCAUGAUGCCUACUUGGGCAGAACAUGUCAUCUUUCAGCUUGUGAUGAAAAUAAAAAUAAAAAUUAAUUAAUUAAUUAAUUUUAAAUAAUUUAUUUAAUUAAUUAAUUAAUUAAUUAAAUCUAUAUUAAUUAAUUAAUUAAUCUAUUUUAAUUAAUUAAUUAAUUAAUUUUAAUUAAUUAAUUAAUUUGAUUAAUUAAUUUGAUUAAUUAAUUUGAUUAAUUAAUUUUUAAUUAAUUAAUUAAUUAAUUUUUAAUUAAUUAAUUAAUUUAUUUAAUUAUUUUUUUUUUGAAUGAACGUAGUAUUAGAAAUGUGUAUUUUGAGAAGGCCAGGGGCAUAUAGUGGUCGGAUUUUUAACCUACUGUGCUAUCAAUUAAGUAUUAUUAUUUUUACGCUAUCAAUUGUUGUAGUAAAUUUAGGUAUUGCGAGUUUCAUAAUCAACCAAGUCUAAUCCAUUGUCUUCGUGGGUAAAUUAAUAGAAAAGCCCAGUAACCUCCCUAAUUGGAAUGCCCUCGGUACAUUCCUGGAGAAGGUCCUCUUCGAAAUAAAAAAAUAGGGCGUUUUCUUAUCUUUAAAAAACAAACUUUAUUUCUUGAUAGCAGUAUAAGUGCAACGCUGAACAUGGGAAUUUUUAAUGAAAUCGAAUGUAAACAUGUUAAAGAACUGCCAUUCGAUAUUGACGGCUUCUGUCAUUUUCAACUUGAAUGUGAUCCAUCGAAUAUUAUGAAAUCUAGUAAAGAUGGUCGACGUUGGAAAACGUGGUGUACGUCUAAAAGAAAAGAAUAUCGCGGAGUGAAGAGAAGAGCAAGGUGUGGGGGAUCAUGGAAAUGUCCCAACGAAGAUUGUUUGUUUCUAAGGAAAAAAGGCUCACCCAACGAUGUCCAGUUUACGAACAACGAAAUCGGGAAAAAGUGUUUUAUCUGCGAAGAAGAGGCUAUUUUUGUGGAGUGCAAAGCUAUAAAAGUUUGGGAGUUCGGUACAUGUAGAGCAAAAGCUAAAAGUUGAUUUCACGAAGCCUUCUUCAUUGAAACCCUCGAAAGCUGUUGCUAACACACGGGUAUGUGCAUUAAAGAAGGCAAUGCAUGGGAAGAAAUUGACGCGUAGGCCGAAAGUCUGGCGGACUCCCGUCGCGUACAAGACACGAAAGCGAAAGCAACGAAAUCGUUAGAGAGUCACGGGUACUCUUUUGAUGCGUUUUGUGAAUUCAAGAAGUUUUGUGACGAGAGACAUCCUAAUCUAUUGUAUCGUUUUAACGACGAGCGACAAAAUGAUAACAAUACGUUUGUCUUCAAAUGUUCCAGAUUUCAAGCAAACCUUGCGAUGAGUAUGGAUUGUGAAAAGAUUGGCCUUUUGCAUGACCAGUAUUGCUAUGCUGAUGCCACACACAAACGUUGUCCCGGGUUUAAGACCAUAACCCUCUGGGUAUAUCACCCUUUACUUCGAAAAUUGGUAGAGUGGAAAGGUACAAUGGAAAGUACUACUGAAGAUACUGAAGCCAUGGUAUAGUUUUGGUCUCUAUUUAACGAGGUAUAGUAUAAGAUCAUUAUGUCAAUGACAACUAGGUCCAGGCUAUUACAUUUCACUUAUAUAUUUCGGGUGUUACAGGACGUAUCUGGUGACAAGACGUAUGUUUUUAAUCCUGCUGGAUGGGUCUUAGACGAAGCCGGAGCUGAGUGGAAUGCUAUCAAAAUUGUAUUCGGAGAGGAUGCUAUGGCUAAAGUUGUAUCGUGCGAAUUUCAUUACAAACAAUCGGUUGGUCGUAAAAGUGGGAAGUUGGAUAAUAAGCACAAGGCAGAAUUUAAAGCUCUCGCGUGGGCGUUAAUGGAAGCAAACACGGUGAGCGUUUUUGGGGAAAAAACGAGCGGAUUUGAAUCGCUUUAUUAA